UCCAGGCGGAGCCGGCUCGCUGGAGCUAAGGUGCGCGGCACUGCGCUCGGACCUUCCGCACCUGUCGCACACACUUGCGCCUACCUCGCAGCAGCGCUGACGCUGACUUACUGCUGACGCGUGACUUUCGAUCGCCUGGUCAUGGCCUACCCGGGAUACGGAGGGGCGUUUGGAAACUUCAGCGGACAGAUUCCAGGGAUGCAAAUGCAGAUGGGCCAGCCUGUGCCAGGGGCGGGUCCCAAUGUGUUCUCUGGUGGCUACCCUGGAUACCUGGCAUACUCUGACAGCUACUCCCCUGCCGAUGACUCCAUGUGGACGUAUUUCACCGCUGUCGCUGGGCAGGAUGGUGAGGUGGACGCUGAGGAACUGCAGAGGUGCUUGACCCAGUCUGGCAUUAGCGGCACUUACGCACCUUUCAGUUUGGAGACCUGCAGAAUUAUGAUUGCCAUGUUGGAUAGAGACUACACGGGAAAAAUGGGGUUCAGCGAGUUCAAGGAGCUUUGGGCCGCUCUUAAUGCAUGGAAGCAGAACUUCAUGACCAUUGACCAAGACCAGAGUGGCACCGUAGAGCAUCACGAGCUGAGUCAAGCCAUCGCGCUUAUGGGCUACAGGUUGAGUCCACAGACAUUAGCUGCCAUUGUUAGACGCUACAGCAAGAACGGCCGGAUUUUCUUUGAUGACUAUGUUGCCUGCUGUGUGAAGCUUCGCGCCCUGACAGAUUUCUUUAGGCGAAGAGACCACUUGCAACAAGGGAUUGUGAACUUCAUGUAUGAAGAUUUUUUGCAGGGCACUAUGACAAUUUGAAAGCCUAGCAUUCCAAAGGCGGAGACAGACUGCGAAUCCUUCUGCUUCACUGAAACAGACUGGACUACCUAAAAUUCAAAGCUCGCGGAACAUUUUUGUAAACCUUUCUGUGAAAGCUUCCCCCCUUUCUGUUAUUUAACCUUUAAGCACAGUUCAAUGCAAUAGCUUUUUUAUUUGGGAUAUAUUAUUUUUGGGAAAGUUAUGACAUUGCAGAUAUAUGCAGACUCUCUCAAAUUGUUGCUAAUGGUAUGUAGCUAACUGUUACCAGCAUACCUGAGCCUUAGUCCUUAACAAUAAAGCAUAUCAGAAUGUAGUCACAUGACAGAUUGUCUACGAAGCCAAAUAAUGAAAGUCUAGAUAAAACUUUUAUAUUAUCUAAAGGCUGCAAGUUAUACUUGUGAUUUUGUUUGUGACUGUGGGUGUUUCUGGGAGUGAGUCCGAGGGGACAUCUGCACUUUGUGCUGUCUUUGGGUUUCGACUCUACCACAGAGAACAUAGCACAUGUUCUUGGGCAGUGAAUGAGAGAACUGUAGCUCCUAAGACUUUAUCCCUUUUUGAGGUUUGUCUGUCAGCCUGGAGUAGUAGGUAUUGUUUCACCUUUUUUUUUU